AUGGAGUCUCUAAAGCCCCUUCCCAGCCCGCCAAGCAACCCCAAAGCUGCCGAGCCUACAGGCCGAAAAGGGCGACUCCACUCCGCUGCGGACGAAGACGAAGAAUUUGAAUUCUUCCACGAAUUCUCACGAGACAAAGUGAAAGGCUUGAUCCAUCUCAUUACGCAAGAGCUAAAGACUAACGCGAUAGGCAUCGAGUUUUUGUUCUUACCGUUUCGUCCCGAGCAGUCAAAUGAAAAACUUCUGAGAUUUUUGAAUCAAGUAUUCCCUCUUGGCAAUGGAGUACCUGUCAAUGAAACAAAGCAAUCACGCAUAAUAAGCAAGACAGAACCAUGGACCUUGUUCCAAGCGCUCAAAUAUGUAUGGUGCCGACUGCCGGAGGGGCAAGUUAUUACUUGGAAGGCCUAUGAAGCCUUUAGAGUACGCGAACAAAGCGAUGGGUAUCGUUCAAGAUCUUUUUUAGAGCUAAUGCCAAAAUGCCUGUCAUCUCCAGAUCAUGCAUCUAUCGUGUAUGACUUUUUUGAUCUGAUUGUUACAGCAUCUUCGAACUCUAAACACAACAAGAUGAGUGCAAGAAAAAUAUCGAAGAUGUUUGGUAUCUGGGCGUUUAGAAGUAAGGUGGAAAACUCGCCAUACGAUUUUGGAGAGCCAACACCUGAAAUUGAAAAGAAAAACUCCUUUUCCGAAGGUAUUGAGCAAUGGAUUCCCGCCUCUGAUGCAAUGUUUCAUCUUCUUCUUGCUUUCAUCCGCAGUUUUAUUUCAAAUGAUCUGAAAGAUGCGAACAUCCCUACGUCAUUGAAAACUAUACUAUUCAAUAGUACUUAUCCUCCUAAAGGAUCUACUGCAUACGACUCAGAAACCAUUUUAACUGUUCCUAUAGUGAGUCUGAAAACCACCGAAUUUUCCAAAAAGCCUUGGCAGUUAAUUGAAAGAUGCAACGAGUUGUUUGACUUCUCAAACUACGAUGCUUUUGAGGCUCGCGAAGACUACGCUUUGUUAAAAUCGUUGUUCAAGAGAAAGAAGAACAUUGAUGGCAUUAGUCAUAAAAUGUCUAAAGAAUCGCGCCGCAUAAUGAAAGAGAUUUCAACCAAGCACUCAACAUUCCAAGCAGGUUGGGCUUCACAGAAGUGUGUGCCAUCAGACGACGGAAUGAAAAGAUUGGAAACGCAUCUCGAAAUGGGGCGUGUUGAUAUCGAUGAUUACUUUAUAUGGGCAUGGCUUUCUACACUAUCACACGAGCAGACCUCUGACAAGAAAAAGCUGUUCGGAAGGUCGCUUAUUUUAGAGUUUGAGUUUGAUGGGUUCAAGAAGUGGGUUAUUAUUGAGGAAUGUGAUCUAAGCCUCGAAUUGAAAAAACAUGAAAAAGUAGACUCACUUGAAUAUCUCAAACCUAGAGAUAACCGCGACCAAGUUCACGAACACCAAAAUCGUUCCAUCACUCCCGCUUACGAAAAGUUCCAGCAUAAUGUGGAGAAUGAAUCCAUACCCCAAAAUAAGGAUCCGCUGGUGCCAUUCCUCCAAAGUGACAAAUUGAAAGCCGAGGAAGGAAUAAGCCCGCCUCAUGUUCAAGAUAGACGUCAUCAACGCUCAGUUCCUAAAUGGAAUCCUCUCAAAUCCAUUAGAAAGAAAAGUAGUGGUAGCAGUUCAUCAAACUCACCGCUUCCGCAAGCUGCAUCGGAGCAAAACAAAGCUUCAAAGGGCUACAAAAAUAAGGAGCUUCCGCCAAGCCCUCCCCAUGAGCAAGCUUCAACUAGAGGAUCCCGAAAUGACUCUCGUGUUCUAAGCCAGUUCAGUAUGCUCAAUCCUGAAAACUACAAGCUACCUGCGAUUGAACACGAUGACUUCAAAAUUGAAAUUCCAGACAUUGAAGAAGACUCCAUAGCCCUUGAUCCUGAAGAUGAAGCUCACCACACGGCCCCAAUUCAAAAAGACAAUAUUUCCUUGCCUUCUACCAAUAACGGUAUCGAAGAUUUGAAUGAAAUGGUCGAUGAGCUCAGCAAACAAGUGAGGAACCUGAGAACGAAAGGAAACCAGUCGCCUAAAAGCUUAGCAACAAAUGCAGAAACAUUUGAGACUCUCACCAUGUUCGAAAGAUACAGAGAUCUACCCAAAAAUUCAACAGAUACUUUGGCUGGCAGUACCAAUUCUAGUACAGUCCCACCGUUACAACUUGACUCACCUAGAACCGAAAAACUUCCUGGAACCUUCCCUACCGAAUCUCCGAUCCGGAGAAGUCCCCAGCAAAGCUUUGAUUCGCACAAGGAAUUAAAAUCGUACCAAUUAAACCAAGCGAGCCAAGUCACCCAAGCGGAUGAGCCAAACCAAGCGAACCAAGUACAUCAAGUAUCGCCAAUAGUCUUCCCUAUUGACUAUAGUCAAGUUGCAAGAGCAGAAGUGUCCCCCAUACGAAGCCGAGGAAAUUCGCCUGUGAGAAAAGCACCCUAUCCGCAACAGGAAUUUGGCGUGAACAACGCGAAAUUUGAGAAACCAAUUCCCGAAACGAGAUCACCAACACCACCUCCCUCACAGAGCUAUAUUCAUUACGAAAAGCACAUGCCCACAAAUGAAAGUAGAGGAGAAGUUAAUAGAGACUUUGCGCAUCGUGCAGCCAACAGGAUCGAAAAUAAAGACAACAUCAAGUAUUCUUCCCACGAAGCUUCUUCAUACCCAGCACCAACGCAGGUUCAAACACCAGAGGGGGCUCAGGUCGCAUUUUCUGGUCAUAACGCACAUGGAUAUCACAGUCAACCAUUCGCCCACUAUCCUGACCAAUCAGCCGUUCCAAUUGAAGGUUAUACGAACCUGCCUGUCAGCCGCCCGGAACAUUCAAACAAUCAAGCAAAGGCCUUGAACGGUGGUCCCCCGCUUAGCUCCAACGGUAAUCGUUACAGCUAUUACCAAGCACCUUACGGUUAUCCUCAGGUUGCCCACCACUCAGGCACAACUGCAAGCUACGAGAUACAGGAAUCAUCACACCCUCCACACUACCCUUAUAACCCUGCAAAUGUGGCUGGUAGUCAACCUCAUAGGCUAGUAACACAACGCCCAAGUCACCCCGCCCAACAAACCUUUUCGAAGGCCUAUAAUAAUCAGCAUCAAUCACCUUCAAGCAACAUCCAUCCGCGCUUUCCGCCCCAGCAUGCUCGUCAGCACCCUCAUACACGUGUUAUCCCUCAGGCUGGUGCUUCACCUCAACCACCACAGGUUAUGAGAUCAUACGCUUCCCCGCAAAUGGCAUACGCUCCAACUGCCCAAGGCCCCGCACCAACUAGUUUCGUGGCGAGCCCGGGCACAAAUCCAGCAUAUUAUGGACCGGUACAUUCUCCUCCUGGUCCGCAGUCAGCUCCUUUCAUACCAGGAGUGCCUGUUGGAGGAAAAUUGCAUGGAGCUUAUGCCAAAAAGAGGGAAGACCGGAAAAAGCUGCAUGAUACGAUAAAAAACGGUACCUUUGGUAUUUGA